GUAGCACCCCCCGCCUCGAGCCACUGCAGAACCUCAUUCCCCUUCAGUCGCCCAACCUACUACAGUACGCAGGCACAUCCACAAGCUGCGCCCAUCCGCAAGCUGCGCACAUCCGCAGUCUGCGCGGGUAUAUGAUCUCCGCACCACAUAGCACAUAGCGUCACUGCACUCUUAGCUCGCGCAUAGCGUCACUGCACCCCCAGCCCGCGCACAGCGUCACUGCACUCUUAGCUCGCGCAUAGCGUCACUGCACUCUUAGCUCGCGCAUAGCGUCACUGCACCCCCAGCCCGCGCACAGCGUCACUGCACUCUUAGCUCGCGCAUAGCGUCACUGCACUCUUAGCUCGAGCUUAUCGUCACUGCGCGUUCACCCACCGGUGUCUGCAUUCGCGCAUUAGUUAGCUCGUCCUGUACAAGCAAGCCAUCAGAAACAUCAGACCUCCAGACCCUUCUGAACUCCGUCUGCGCAAGCCGCCAGCGCAAGCCGUCAGCGCAAGCCGCCAGGAACAUCAGGAUCUUCUUAAGGCUCCUCGACUCGACUUUUGAGUCGACUCAAAAGCAUUGAGAGCUUCGAUUGUGUUGCACGUCGCCAUCAUGACGCGGUUGGCGUUUCUCUCCGUCGCCGUCGCGCUCUGCCUCCUCGCAUCUUUACCCGUGGAGUCAGCCAGUCCGUUUCAGCAGCAGUUAAAUCAGAUCAAAGCGGGCCUGAGCAGCAACAAGUAUUACGCCGGCUUGCAGGCCCGGCUGCAGCGGCUGCAUGCCAACUAUGUGAAGAACAAGGUGAAGCGGUUCGUGCUGAAGAAGGCUGCCGACAAGAUGGCCAACUACAAGGGCCUGAAAACGGUCAUUUCGUGCCCGAUGAGUGGGCGGGACUUGAACGGCAAACUGGUUGGCCAGGACCACGCGUUUGGGGUCUACUUCAUCUUCAUCUACAAGAGGGCCGACGGUGACUAUGACGGGUACUACGGCGGCUUUGUGAAGCUGGGCGACCCGGAGAUCCCCAUCGCAGCGGCCAUAAACUCGGGGAUGGCGGGCGAGGACGGCUCAACAGUCAUCGAUUUCGGCGCUGAGGUCACCUGGAUCAAUGCGUCUCGCUCCAGCAGCCUCGGAUUGAUCUCUUGGUUCCCUGGGUCCUCAGCCCCCCUUGGGUACAACUACGUAUUUCGCGGGUCGUGGUCCGCAAUGAGCCUGCUUUCCUCUGCUGACGGGUCGACCAUGUUUGAUACGAUCGACGCUGUUGCCAAGUCGACCCAGACGUAUUACGGGGUGGUCGCCAAUUCAAAUUAUGCUACUGCUGCUGCAAGGGGGCAGUGCGGGCUCGACUUUUCAGGAAUCACCGGCAACUAAGGCGCCAAUUCUAGUUAUGCUAGGGCAGCAGUGAUGGGCCAGUGCGGGAUCGACUUUCUGGGAAUCAUCGGCGGGUAUCGGUUCCAAUAUCCAUAGCUGCUACUGGCAAGUCACCCGUAGCAGCUACCGGCAAGUCACCCAGUCAGAGUAUGCCACUGCGGUAGGGGAGGGACACUGCAAAGUUGACUUCUUGGCAAUCGGCGGCGGGUAACUGGCCCGAAGCACUGCUUUCCUUAGUUAUGGGCUGGAAUUAUAAUUUAUCCAGCAUCGGUUCUAGUCUUGAUAUGAGGCGGUUACAUUCUCUGUAACAGCGUCUCACCUGGGGAAGGGAUGGGGGUGGUGCGGUGUCGUGAGGGGGAGGGGGGGUGGGUGCACGGGUGAUGGUGGGGAUGGGGGGAGAGGGGGAGGGGGAUACGGGGUGGUUGUAUGGGGCUAGUUAGAUUAGAAGAGAUCGACGUGUUCUUAGGGCUGAUGAUGGGUUUGUUGGCUGACGUAGGCUUGGUUGGCUGACUUUAGAGUUGACUCAAAUGGUUGCUGUGGGGCUGGAUGUAGAAGUGAUUGAAAUGCUUUUAGGGCUGAUUAUGGAUUAGCUGGCUGGCACGGGCUUGCUUGGUGGAAUGCGGACUGCAAGAUAGGACCUUUGUUUGUGCCAUUUAAUGGAGCGUGGUAAAUCUGAUUGUAGCCAUGCUU